AUGCGAAGGGAGUUGUUCCAUUGUAUUCGAGCCGACAUAGAAGUGGUUGAACCCUAUUUUCAGUUGAAAUAUGAUUGCACUAGUAGGGCAGAUUUUUCAUCCAUCCAAAAAAUUACAACGGCCUUGCACAUACUUGCUUACGGAAAUCCCAUUGAUCGUGAGGAUGAAGCUCUUAGCAUUACAGAGAUGACGGCAACUGAGACAGUUUGUAUCUUUUGUCAGACAAUCAUUAACAUGUACUCUGAGCAAUACCUAAGAUCUCCCAAUGAGCGAGACCUGAUUCGAUUGCUAGAUAAGAAUAAAUCUCGUGGGUUUCCAGGGAUGAUCAGGUUCAUUCAGUGCCCAACACCAAACAUUUCGUACGAAGUAAAUGGAAGGAUGUACCAUAUUCCCUAUUAUUUAACCGAUUGCAUAUACCCUCACUAUGCCAUAUUGGUCCAAACACUCAAGCACCCGAAAAAUGAGAUGGAGAAACAUUUUGCAAAGAAACAGGAAACGACAAGAAAGGAUGUUGAAAGAGCUUUCGGUGUGUUGUAA